CAGUAAUUCACGAUCCAGAUCCUCUGGAUCUUGAUCCUGAAACUAUCAUAGAUGGAUUGACAAUGUAUGGGAUUAAGGUAUCUAAGACAAUGAAGCAAUACGUAAAAAUAUUGGUUAAAAUACCAGACAUGACCUCAAUUUAGAAUCCGAGCUCGGGCCCCGACAAUAGUUAAUUACAAUUUUUUUCUACACGUGAUACCAAAAAGAACGACAUCAAGGCCGUGAAAAAGAGCUUGAAAAAAAAAUUGCAAAAGUGUCGAGAACUGUGUCUCAUGUACGAAGUAGUUUUUAUACUCGUAAUACGAACUGACCUACUAGUAGGUAUUCAUAGAACAGAUUUUCAGAGUUUUAUCUCAGAAUUAUCAUUGCAUUGGAUGGAUAUUCGAUCAACGAAAUUUCAAUUAGAUUUGUUAAAGAUAAACCUAUUCGGUAUUCGUUUUGGGUAUGACCUAGCAUUUCUAAAUUUUUAAAACAAAUUUUACCAUAAAUUUACCUACGUAAUGAAAAUUAACAUAGUAGUUGUUUUAAUUUUCGUUACGCACUCGUCCAAUGGUGGGCCACUUAACGACUCUCUUGGAAAUCUCAACGACACGAUUGAAGAAUUUGGAUGGAGAUCAGUAGGAUACUUGAAACAGCCAGAUGAUUGGCAUCAGGCAUUUGUCGUCCUAGCCAAAACGUACAAAGAAGAACUCGAACGACAUGAAAACGGACCUGACAAGAAUGAAGGAGACAUUAACGAAAUUCACGAGGGUAAAUCACGACAUUACAAAGAAGACGACCUGAAACGAUGUGAAAACGAAACUGUGGAAAUUAAAAAAGAAUUACUGAAAUUUAAAUCGGUCAUGUGGGUGCGUACAUAUCAGCUGGAAAUGGGCGAAUACUGUUUCGGAUUGCAAUACGUGUCACCCGAUAAAACCAAAAUGUUGGAAGAGUUGAAAAAUAAUGCCUCCAGAUAUACCGAUACAAUUACUCCCGAAUGCCAGACAUCAAUUGGUAAUCUAUGUAGUGAUACCGUUAAUGAGCAUGCCGUUAUAUGGCUACAUUACCUCGCAUUCUCUGAUAAAAUUUUGGCUACGAGACUCCGCAAGGAACUGUUGGAUAGAAAAGUGGAUGUGUUUGAAUUUUGUACAAUGGUGGGCGCGAUUUUCUUGCGAAUUGGCCGAUUUGAUUUCGCCGACGGUUUUUCAAAUCCCGAACCUGAAGUCGUCCUGGAAGGAUUGAAGAUGUUUGGAGUUCGGGUAGGUGGGGGAUUGGAGUCGGUGAAAGUUUUGUUUAGAAUUGAAAGCAUGACGAUGACGAGUUAUAGACGUAACGACGAGCAAGGAGAUGAUUAUGAUGAGAAUUCAGCGAAAACCUAAUAUGUACUCUAGGGUUGUCCACAUUUACACAGCAAAACUUAUUUUGUUAAAUAUUCACUGUCUCACCCGCUCAUUUUUUUCCUUUAGGUGUAGGUAGUUCACAA